UACACAAAACAACAAUUUGAGCAGUUAUCGUUUUUAGUGAUAAAUUUUAAUCUGAAUCUCUUAAAUGUGAAUCAAUAUUUCAUAGGUGUAUCAACGACCCAACUAAUAGACAAGUCGUCGUUCAACUGCGGAUCGCCGAAAAAUCAACGCAGUUUUAAUGCAGUUUUCCGUCCAACAAUGUGCUCAAUGUCCACCAACACCGACUGGGCGAUACAGUCGAGGGCGCUGAUCGUGUCCAACGUGGCCGUCACGGAGCUGCGUAAUGCAACCACUAACGAUGCCUUCGUUCAGUAUAGCGACACAGCAAAGUCAGUGGACUCCGGGCGCAUCGGCCGCAGCCGCCUCAUGUCUGUUCGCAUGCUUGGCGACUCGUUUUCUGAAGUGGAUACUCAAGCUAAACCGUCCACAACGAACGCAGAAACUCACACGACACCAAAGGGCAUUGUUUCGGCUUGUAUGCUGACGUCUCGCUUUGCCUUCGAUAGGACUGCCAAUAUGAUGAAAGCCUCCAAAGAAAAUAAUACAGAUGCACCAGAAAUCAAAGUUAACAAGACGUGGAGCAACAUACCAUCCAGAUUGGGGAAGCAGUCCGAUACGCCAGAAAAAACAGAGAGUAACACGAAGACAACAUGUCGCGUCGAACAGAAAUCGAACAAUUCACUAGCUCCGCCUCGCAACCCCAGUGUUGUUAUAUCGAGCAAUUUGAAUGCCGCUAAAUGGAUGAAUGGAUGUUCAAAAGACGAAUACCAAUCAAUUAUAGAUAUAAGUGAAAUGACAGUAUCAGAGUCGUUGGAGCGCGCGACGCUGGCCGUCGCAAACACAAGCACAUACAAGCACACUUCUGAAGUUAUUAAUUCUCAACAGGAAGCCGCUAUUAACUGUGUAACAGCAGAUAACAUAAGUACAAUCCUAACUGACAAUAUUAUGACUGAUGAAAUACCAGUUAAAGAUGAAACUAAGGAAAAUGUUGGGGUUAGAGAGUCUUGUGAUAUUCAAGCAGACCUCGGGGCUUCAGAUAAUACAAAGAAUUUAGAUAAAUCUUCACUGCAAGUUCGCCCUAACAUAUGUGAUGCAGAGCAAAGAAGUUCAACCAAACGCAACUCGAAGUUUGGUAUUAUAUUAAAGUUGGACCGUAUGCAUAAGAGUAACUGUGUGAUCACGAUUAAUAUCGAGACUAGCCCUAGAAAAUCUAAAUAG